GAUCUCCGUGAAAAGAAGUGGUUAUUUAAAAACAUGUUUUUUGCAGCAGACUUAUUAAAUGGAUAUAAAUCACGAAUUUACACAAAUAACUGAAAAGGAGGCAGGAAAAUUAGCCACCAAACGGAAAGUUGCGAUUCCCGAUGAUGAAAGUGAACGCGAAAUCAAGAAAACAAAGUUACAGAUUGCCUCCCUGACUGCACCGAUAACAGCGGAGUCUGGCUGCAAUGCAACGAUUACAAACGUACAAAAUUGCGCGGCAGGAAGAAGUGUUUUACCAGCCAAAGCUGUAGCACAUCAAAGUCCCAAGAAGCGGUUACAAAUAGAUACAACAUCUCGUAGCGGCUCCCAACGAAAACAAGCCAAGGAGCGAUUUAUUUAUGGCAACUAUAGCCAGUAUUAUGGAUAUCGAAAUAAGGGGUGCGAAUGUCGUGACAUACGUCUGGAAGUAUUUGCAACGCAACCUGAAUUAUUCCAAGGCAAGGAAGUGCUCGAUAUUGGUUGCAAUAGUGGUCUAAUAACCAUGGAAGUAGCAAAACGGUUUGUGGUCAAAAGCAUUGUUGGCUUGGACAUAGACCGCACACUUAUCAACCAAGCGAAUAAGGCGCUGGUACGACAAAAGAAAACAUUACCUUUGGAAAAUGAGUCACGGCGUUUACAACGUUUCCCCUACAAUGUAAGCUUUGUGCAUGGCAAUUACGUGCUACGGGAUGACAUAUUACUUGAGAUUGAACACGAACAAUUCGAUGUUAUACUCUGCUUAUCGAUAACCAAGUGGAUACACUUAAAUUUUGGAGAUGCAGGCUUGAAACAAGCUUUUCGGCGUAUGUUUCUGCAACUGCGAAGUGGUGGCAAGCUUAUAUUAGAAGCGCAGCCAUAUGAUAAUUACGGACGUCGAAAGAAAAUGACUGUAGGUGAA